AUGGAUCCGGGCGGGGCGACGCUGCUGGAGGACUUCGGGCAGCGGGUGGACCUGACGCGGCGCAUCCGCGAGGUGCUGGCCAACUACCCGGAGGGCACCACCGCGCUGCGGGAGCUCAUCCAGAACGCCGACGACGCCGGGGCCUCGCGGGUCCGCCUCUGCCUCGACCGCCGCGCCCACGGGGCCCGCUCGCUGCUCGCCCCGGCCCUCGCGCAGUGGCAGGGCCCCGCCCUGCUCGCCCACAACGACGCCGCCUUCACCGACGACGACUUCGCCAGCAUCUCCCGCAUCGGCGGCAGCAAGAAGGCCUCCCAGGCCUGGAAGACCGGCCGCUUCGGCAUUGGUUUCAACUCGGUGUACCACUUGACCGACUUGCCAUCAUUCGUGAGCGGCAAGUAUGUUGUCAUGUUUGAUCCUCAGGGCGCUUACCUUCCAAAUGUGUCGGCGGCAAAUCCUGGAAAGCGCAUAGACUAUGUCAGUUCCACGGCACUUACAUUGUACAGUGAUCAGCUCUCGCCCUAUCGUGCAUUUGGCUGCGAUAUGAAAGCGCCAUUUCAAGGAACCUUGUUCCGUUUCCCUUUGCGGAAUGCUGAGCAAGCAUCCUCUAGCCGGCUAUCAAGACAAGUGUACACAGAGGAUGAUAUCUUAUCUCUUUUCGCUCAACUGUACGAAGAAGCUGUAUACAACUUGCUUUUUCUUAAAAAUGUCCUCGCACUUGAAAUGUAUGUGUGGGAACCUGAUAUGGGUGAGCCAAAAAUAGUAUACUCUUGCGCCUUACGAUCACAUGAUGACAAAUUGUCAUGGCAUCGCCAAGCUCUAAUCAGGUUCUCUGGCACUUCUGCUGAAUCUGUUGAGCAGAAGAUAGAUUCCUUUUCUAUGGAUUUUGUAUCGGAGGCAUUCCUGGGGAACAAGUUUGAGAAAAAGAGCCAUACCUAUUUUAUUGUACAGGGAAUGGCAUCUGCAUUAAGUAAAAUAGGUAUUUUUGCAACUGGUGCUGCCAAGGAAUAUGAUCUUCACCUACUGCCCUGGGCUUCUGUUGCUGCUUGCAUCUCCAAAGUGGAGCCUGAGGAUAUUAAUCUCAGACAAGGUCAUGCAUUCUGUUUUCUUCCUUUGCCAGUAAGGACCGGACUAUCUGUGCAUGUGAAUGGUUAUUUUGAAGUUUCGUCCAAUCGACGUGACAUUUGGUAUGGAGCUGACAUGGACAGGGGUGGUAAGCUCCGUUCUGAUUGGAACAGGCUACUGCUGGAAGAUGCUGUUGCUCCAUUGUUCAGAGAACUGUUGCUGGCGUUGCGGACACUUACAGACUCCACAAUACUGUAUUAUUCUUUAUGGCCAACUGGUUUAUUUGAGGAACCCUGGAGUAUUCUUGUGGAACAAAUUUACAAAGUUAUCUAUACCUCUCCAGUUUUGCAUUCAGAGAUCAAAGGUGGGACAUGGGUAUCACCGGCUGAGGCUUUGCUUCAUGAUGAGGGCUUUUCAAGAAGUAAUGAUCUUAGUGAAGCUCUUGUAUUGUUAGGCAUGCCUGUUGUUCGUGUACCAAGUGCAAUUGUUGAUGUGUUUUCGAAAUUCUAUAUGAAGUCUACGGUAAAACGAGUUGCUCCUGCUGCAGUGAGGCAUUUCCUCCAAGAUUUUGUAAAGCUUGGUACAUUAGGAAAAUCUCAUAAGCUAAUAUUACUGGAAUAUUGCCUUAGUGAUCUGGACAGUGCUGAUAUUGGUAAAUGCAUGAAUGGCCUCCCACUGAUUCCACUAGCAAAUAAGCAGUAUGGGAUUUUUUCUGAGAUUUCACAAGAGAGCACCUACUAUGUCUGUGAUAAGACAGAAUAUGACCUCCUUUCUGCAGUUGGUGACAGAAUAAUUGACCGAAGCAUUCCCCCUGUAUUACUAGACAAGCUGUAUCAGAUAGCCAAUAACUCUCAGGUGAAUAUUUCACCCAUUGAUGGUCCAAUCUUUCUUCAAUUCUUCCCCAGGCUAUUUCCUCCUGGAUGGAAGUGUAAAAGCCGAGUUCCUUGGGAUCCAUCAUCGGGUGUGUCAUCUCCUACGGCAGAUUGGUUUAAACUUUUUUGGCACUAUAUUGGGGAACAUUCUUAUGACCUUGAUUUGUUUAGUGACUGGCCUAUACUGCCUUGUACUUCUGGACACCUUUACAGAGCAUCUACAGCAUCAAAGUUAAUUGAAACAGAGUCACUAUCUAGUUUGAUGAAGGAACUUUUGGCCAAGUUAGGUUGCAAGAUAUUAGACACCAAGUAUUUACGUGUGUAUCAACAGCUUUCUCAUUAUGUAUAUGAUGGUGAUGCAACUGGAGUUCUUAAUUCAAUCUUUGGGAUUGCCUCGCUGGAGGGAGUCGAUGUGCAUGCACUGUUUCAACGCAUCAAGCCUGGUGAGAAAAUUGAGCUGUACCAGUUUCUUCUAGAUCCGAAAUGGUACAUAGGAGUCUGCCUUUCUGACAUGAACAUAAAGCUAUGCAAAAAGUUGCCCAUCUUCAGAGUAUUUGAUGGAGGAUCUCACAGUUCUUAUGGCUUCUCAGAUUUGUCCAGUUCAAAAAAGUAUCUGCCACCUCUUGGUGUUCCUGAACACCUACUCAAGUCUGAUUUUGUGUUUUGUAUAUCCCCAAGCAACGAAGAUAUCAUAAUGAGGUAUUAUGGUGUUGAACGUAUGCCGAAAUCAGUCUUCUACCAGAGGUAUGUUUUGAACAAGUUAGAUGAGUUGCAAGCAGAGGUUCGUGAUAAAGUUAUACUAGCCAUCUUGCAAGAUCUGCCCCAGCUGUCCUUGGAAGAUCCAAGGUUCAAGGAAGGCUUGAAAGUCCUUAGAUUUGUGCCGACCAUUAAUGGGACCUUGAAAAGUCCUCAGUCUCUUUAUGAUCCUCGAGUGGAAGAACUCUAUGCUCUUCUCCAGGAAUCAGACUGCUUUCCCAAUGGUUUAUUUCAAAACCCAGAUGUUCUUGAUAUGUUACUCUGCUUGGGGCUUAGAACUUCUGUUUCUACUGACACUAUUAUAGAAAGUGCUCGGCAAAUUGAUUCAUUCGUGCGCAAAGAUCAAGAGAAGGCUCAUUCAAGGGGUAAAUUGCUUCUUUCAUAUCUUGAAAUUCAUGCUCACAAAUGGAGUGUAAACAAGGCAUUUGAUGCCCGGAAGAAGGUGAAUAAUAUGUUUGCGAAAGUCACUACUGCACUGAGGCCUCGUGAUACGUCUUGGGAAUUUGAUCUCGAGAAGUUCUGGAGUGAUUUGAGAAUGAUUUGUUGGUGUCCUGUGUUGGUCACUGCACCAAGCCCAGCCCUGCCAUGGCCUUCAGUAUCAUCGAUGAUCGCUCCACCUAAGCAAGUAAGGCUGCAGGAAGAUAUGUGGAUUGUUUCUGCUAGCUCACGUAUACUUGAUGGCGAAUGUACUUCCUCAGCUUUGUCUUACAGCUUAGGUUGGUCAUCUCCUCCUUCUGGAAGUGUAAUCGCUGCUCAGUUGCUUGAGCUGGGUAAGAACAAUGAAAUUGUGACUGAUCAAGUCCUUCGGCAAGAGUUAGCGUUGGUGAUGCCUAAGAUUUAUUCAUUACUGACUAAUUUGAUUGGUUCUGAUGAAAUGGAUAUUGUCAAAGUGGUUCUAGAGGGCUGCAGAUGGAUUUGGGUGGGCGACGGAUUUGCAAAAGUUGAUGAAGUUGUUCUAAGUGGCCACCUUCACCUUGCGCCUUACAUUCGUGUCAUUCCAAUUGAUUUAGCAGUUUUCAAGGACUUGUUCUUGGAUCUUGGCAUAAAGGAGCACCUCGACCCUGUGGAUUACGCUAGUAUUCUGACCAGAAUGGCCAUGAGGAAAGCCAUGGCUUCGCUUGAAGCUGAAGAACUAAGGACAGCUGUGUUAGUGGUGCAGCAUCUAGCUGAGUUCCGGUUUCAGGAUCAGCAAACACAGAUAUAUUUACCUGAUUCUUCAGCUAGGCUCUGCCUAUCUUCGGAACUCGUAUUUAAUGAUGCUCCUUGGCUUCUUGACUCUGGUCAUGACAUCAUUGGUGAUGCAUCCAGCAUUGCUUUCAGCCCACAGAAGUAUGUUCACAAUUUUGUGCAUGGUAAUAUUUCCAAUGACGUGGCAGAAAGGCUAGGUGUUCGCUCCCUUCGCCGUCUCUUGCUUGCUGAGAGUUCCGAUUCGAUGAAUUUGAGUUUAUCAGGGGUUGCUGAGGCUUUUGGACAACAUGAAGAUUUGACUACAAGGCUCAAGCAUAUUGUUGAGAUGUAUGCAGAUGGUCCUGGGAUUCUCUUUGAGCUGGUACAGAAUGCAGAAGAUGCUAAAGCUUCUGAGGUUGUGUUUCUUUUGGAUAAGACCCAGUAUGGUACUUCAUCCAUCCUUUCACCUGAAAUGGCUGAAUGGCAGGGGCCUGCUCUCUACUGCUUUAAUGACUCAGUUUUUAGUCCACAAGACCUUUAUUCCAUCUCACGAAUUGGUCAAGACAGCAAACUUGAGAAACCUUUUGCAAUAGGAAGGUUUGGUCUUGGCUUCAAUUGUGUCUAUCACUUCACAGACAUGCCUGGAUUUGUUUCUGGUGAGAAUAUUGUCAUGUUUGAUCCACAUGCCCGUUAUUUACCAGGAAUAUCUCCUUCUCAUCCAGGUUUAAGGAUAAAGUUUGUAGGACGGAAGAUCUUAGAACAGUUCCCUGAUCAGUUCACACCAUUCUUACACUUUGGUUGCAACCUGCAACAGCCAUUUCCAGGUACACUUUUCCGGUUUCCUCUUAGGAAUGAAGCUGCUGCUUCUAGAAGUCAAAUAAAGCGCGAACAAUAUGCAACCCAAGAUGUGGAGAUGCUUUUCUCUUCAUUCUCUGAAGUUGUAUCCGAGGCUCUACUUUUUCUCCGCAACGUUAAAAAGGUAACUCUGUAUGUCAAGGAGCAUGACUCCCAGGAGAUGCAACUUGUUCAUCGUGCUUUGAAGCAGAACAGUUCCGAGGUCUCCAAAGAACCACAUGCACUUAAUACGAUGCUUGCAUUUGUACAUGGAAAUCAAUCAUCAGGAAUGGAUAGGAAUACUUUUUUCAAUAGGUUGAAUAAGACAAAAGACAGUGAUUUACCCUGGAGUUGUCAAAAAGUUGCUAUUCUUGAGCAAAGCCCUACUGUCCACUUGAUGCAUUCAUGGAUCUUAACCGAGUGUAUAGGCGGGGGUCAUGCUAGAAAGUUGUCAACUGCUUCUGAUAGUAAAUCUCAUUUCUUUGUUCCCUGGGCAUCAGUAGCUGCAUAUCUGCAUUCUGUGAGUGUUGACGAUACCAAAGAACUGUCUGGUGAAGCUGAAGUUAACUGUGAUGAUUCUGUUCCUAAGCAUCUAGCUCUCCAAUCUUCUCAGAGCAGGAAUUUGUUUGAGGGUCGGGCCUUUUGUUUUCUUCCUCUACCAAUCAACACUAGCAUACCAGUGCACGUAAAUGCUUAUUUUGAACUAUCUUCAAAUCGAAGGGAUAUCUGGAUUGGAAAUGACAUGGCCGGGGGAGGAAGAGUGCGAUCAGAAUGGAAUCUUGCACUGCUGGAAGAUGUGGCUGCUCCUGCUUACGGCCACCUCCUUGCAGCCAUGGCAGAAGAACUUGGUCCCUCUGAUCUGUUUCUCUCAUUUUGGCCUACUGCUGUAGGUGCAGAGCCAUGGUCUUCCAUGGUGAGGAAGCUUUAUGUAUCAAUCGCGGAACUUGGACUUAAUGUUUUGUAUACGAAAGCUCGAGGUGGCCAUUGGGUGUCAACAAGGCAAGCUAUUUUUCCUGAUUUCAGUUUCUCAAAGGCAGCCGAGCUGGCAGAAGUUCUCUCGCAAGCUGGUUUGCCUUUGGUAUCUGUAUCCAAGCUGAUAGUAGACAGUUUCAUAAAUGCAUAUCCAUCAGUUCAUCUCCUGAAUCCUCAUUUGCUAAGGAACUUGUUGAUCCGACGGAAGCGUGGGUUCAAAAGCAGAGAAGAGGCCAUACUUGUUCUGGAGUAUUGCUUGAGUGAUAUCGAUGAUCCUUCCCUUUCUGAUAAAUUGCACGGAUUGGCUCUUCUUCCUUUGGCAAAUGGAUCAUUCACAACAUUCAAUAACCGAGGGGAGGGUGAAAGAGUAUUCUUUGCUUCAGAAAUGGAAUUUGACUUUCUUAAGGAUUCAGUACCACAUCUUGUUAUUGAUAACUCUUUACCAGAUAGCGUUUUGAAGAAGUUGUUUGACAUAGCUUCUUCUGCACGGUCAAACAUGUACUUAUUUACGUGCAAUUUCCUUCUUGAGCUGUUGCCCAGGAUUUUGCCACCUGAAUGGCAGCAUGCUAAGCAGUUAUCUUGGUUUCCUGAACAGCAAGGCCAGCCAAGCGUGGAAUGGAUGAUAUCACUUUGGAAUUUCUUGCGUCAUUCAUGUGAAGAUCUUUCAAUAUUUGCAAAAUGGCCUAUACUACCACUUGUAGAUGGCAAGCUUAUGCAACUUGGCAGUGCUUCAAAUGUAAUAAGAGAUGAUGGUUGGAGUGAAAAUAUGCACUCAUUGCUUCAGAAACUGGGCUGUUUCUUUCUGAGACCUGAUAUGCAGAUAGAGCACCCCCAGUUAGCUAAUUUUGUUCAGGAAUCCACUGCAGCUGGUGUUCUGAAUGCUGUGCAUUCUGUUGCUUCUAAUGUCCAGGAUAUUAAGGAACUUUUCAAGAGUACUUCAUUGGCAGAAACACAUGAGCUCCGUAGUUAUAUUUUCCAGUCAAAGUGGUUUUCAGGGAAUCAGAUAAACAUUUCACAUAUGAAUACAAUCAGGAACCUCCCCAUAUUUGAAUCUUAUAAAUCUAGGGAGCUUGUUAGUUUGGCAAACCCUAGAAAAUGGCUUAAACCCGACGGUGUACAUGAGGAUCUGUUGAAUGGAAGCUUUAUAAGAACUGAAUCUGAAAAGGAAAAGUCGAUUUUAGUAUCAUACUUUGAUAUCAGGGAACCUGAAAAGGCUGAAUUUUACAAGGAUCAUGUGCUUCCUCGGAUGUCAGAGUUUCUGUCACAGCCAGCUGUUGUUUCAGCAAUUGUUCGUGAUGUGAAGCUGUUGAUAGAAGACAAUAGUUCUGUGAGAGCAGCGUUGUCUGAAACCCCUUUUGUGUUAGCAGCUAGUGGAGCAUGGCUACAUCCUUCUAGGCUUUAUGAUCCUCGUGUGCCAGAGUUUCGUAAGUUGCUGCACAAAGAAACCUUCUUUCCUUCAGAAAAGUUCAUGGCAACUGAAAUAAUUGAACUGUUGGCAAGUUUUGGACUGAAAAGAAAAAUGGGUUUUAGUGCUUUGCUUGACAUUGCAAGGUCAGUUUCACUGGUGCACAAUUCGGGACAAGAUGAUGAUGCAUGUGCGCAUGGGCAAAUACUACUUACCUGUCUAAAUGUUCUUGAAUCAAAGAUGUCAAACAUGGAGGACAAGGACACUUUCCAUGAGGAAGUUGAUCUCGAAGCUUCUAAAACUGAUGAAAAUUUGGAAGCAGUAAAUGAAGUGGGUAGUUGUGACCCAGACCCAACUAUUAUGUCUUUAUUCUCAAACUUUGAUCUUGACCUACCAGAGCAUGAGUUUUGGUCAGAGCUGAAAAAUAUUUCUUGGUGUCCUGUCCAUGUUGCACCACUUAUUAAAGGUCUUCCAUGGCUCGAAUCAGAAGAUCAUGUAGCACCUCCAGUCAUUACAAGGCCGAGGUCACAAAUGUGGCUUGCUUCAUCAAAAAUGCGGAUACUGAAUUCCGAUUCUUGUUCCAUGUACCUGCAAAGAAAACUCGGUUGGUUAGACCCACCAAAUGUGAAUGUUUUAUUGUCCCAGUUAGUUGAGCUUUCCAAGUCUUAUGAUGAACUCAAGAUGUUUUCUGAAGACACAUCCAUCGAUGCUGUCCUACAAAAGGAGAUCAAACUAAUCUACUCGGAAUUGCAAGAUAUCGUUGACAGUGGCGAUGCCCACAUUCUGAAAGAGAAUCUGGAUGGGAUUUCAUGGGUCUAUAUAGGGGACAGGUUUGUGCCUCCACAUGCACUUGCAUUUGAAUCGCCUGUAAAGUAUCAUCCUUAUCUUUAUGCAGUUCCGUCUGAACUGUCAGAAUUUAAAAAGUUACUCUUCAAGUUGGGUGUGAGGCAGACAUUUGAUGCAACAGAUUAUCUCAAUGUACUUAGUCGCUUACAAGGUGAUGCCAAAGGAGAGCAAUUGUCUGCAGAACAACUGAGUUUUGUUCAUUGUGUUUUGGAAGCAUUUGUGGAUUGUUAUCCUGACAGUCAAGCAGCUGAUGCUUUACUGAAUUCAUUGGUGAUUCCAGAUUCAUUUGGUGUCCUGACACCUUCGAGAAACCUUCUCUAUAAUGAUGCACCCUGGAUGGAUACUGAUCCCACUUCAAAGCAUUUUGUGCAUCAUAGUAUUGGUAAUGAUCUGGCCAAUAGACUAGGGGUACGAUCUCUUCGCGGAUCUUCGUUAUUGGAUGAUGAGCUAAUGAGGGAUUUGCCAUGCAUGGAAUAUGCUAAGAUAAGUGAGUUGCUAGCUCUGUAUGGUGAGAGUGACUUCCUUCUGUUUGAUCUCAUAGAGCUAGCUGACUCUUGCAAUGCAAAAAAAGUGCACCUGAUCUAUGAUAAAAGAGAUCAUCCGAAGCAGUCUCUAUUGCAGCAAAAUCUGGGUGACCUCCAGGGUUCUUCAUUGACAGUGGUCUUUGAAGGAACCAUGAUAAGCCGAGAAGAAGUUUGCAGCCUCCAACUUCCUCCUCCUUGGAAACUAAGGGGAAACAUCCUUAACUACGGGUUGGGACUUCUUAGCAGCUAUUUUGUAUGUGAUGCCUUGACUAUUCUUUCUGCUGGCUAUUUCUACGUUUUUGAUCCGUUGGGCUUGACUGGUGGUGCAACUUCCACUGCAACCUCGUCUGCCAGAUUCUUCUCUUUGAUAGGAAAUGACUUGGUUGAGAGAUUUCGUGACCAGUUCCUCCCAAUGCGUGUUACACAGGAGGCUUCAUUGUCUUCUGCAAACUCUACGGUUAUUCGGAUGCCUUUAUCUUCAAAAUGUCUGAAAGAACUUGAAGCAGGUUGCGACAGAGUAAAGCAGAUUUUUGAUAGAUUUACGCAGAAUCCAUCCAGUACUCUCCUGUCCCUGAAGUCAGUCAUUCAGGUAUCUUUAUCAACAUGGGAGGAUGCAGCCUCUCAGCCAACCCUGAACUAUUCCGUGCUUGUUGACCCAUCAGUAGCUACUUUGAGGAACCCAUUUUCAGAAAAGAAAUGGAGAAAGUUUCAAAUAUCCAGAAUAUUUGCAAGUACAAGUGCAGCAAUCAAAAUGCAAGCUAUAGAUGUGCAUGUGAUUGAGAGUGGCUGCAGUUAUAUUGACAAAUGGUUUGUUGCCCUCUGCCUUGGGUCAGGGCAAACAAGGAAUAUGGCUCUUGACAGACGGUAUCUUCCCUACAACUUAACUCCUGUUGCUGGAGUAGCAGCUCACAUAGCUCGAAACGGAGUACCAACCAAUAUAAAUGCAUCCAGUUGUAUAUUAUCUCCUUUGCCGCUAUCUGGGUCAAUAAGCAUGCCAGUCACGACUCUAGGUCAUUUCCUUGUGAGGCAUGAUGGUGGACGCUACAUUUUUGGCAGCACACAUGAUAAAUCUUUACGGGAAAUGGACAGAAACAAAUUGGUUGAAGCAUGGAAUGAGGAACUUAUGCUAUGUGUGCGUGAUUCAUAUGUUGAGAUGGUCCUAGAAUUUCAAAAGCUUAGGAAAGACCCUCUAUCUUCUGCUAUUGAAUCACGGUGUGCACACUCUGUGAGUAUCAUUUUACAGGCUUAUGGUGAUAGGGUAUACUCUUUUUGGCCAAGAUCGAAACAACCUACAGCUUCACUCACUGGGCAAGGUUCUACCGUAGACAAUUUGAAUUCACCAAGAACAUCUAAAGCAGAUUGGCAGUCCUUGAUAGAGCAAGUGAUAAGACCAUUCUAUUUACGGUUGGCUGAUCUUCCCGUUUGGCAACUUUACCGGGGAAAUCUUGUUAAAGUGGGUGAGGGUAUGUUCUUAUCCCACUCAGGGAGCGGAGAUGAUGAUAACCUACCAUCUGCUACUGUCUGUAGUUUCAUUAAAGAGCACUAUCCUGUUUUUUCUGUUCCAUGGGAGUUGGUUAGUGAAAUCCAAGCAGUUGGAGUUACUGUAAGAGAGAUCAGGCCCAAGAUGGUUAGAAAUCUACUAAAAGAGUCUUCAUCCAUUUUACUUCGAUCUGUUGAAACAUAUAUAGAUGUUCUUGAAUAUUGCUUCUCCGAUAUGGACCCAUACCGGUUUACAGAUCUACAUAUACCUGAUCAGUCACAACUUAACAGUCAACUUGUUCAACCAGUGAAUGCUUCCACAUCACAAUUUAUGCCAUCUUCAAGCAGUUCUUCAUCUUACCAUACAAGUACACAGAGGCCGGGUACUUCUGGGGGCGACGCACUUGAAAUUAUGACAUACUUCGGGAAGGCCCUAUAUGACUUCGGUCGGGGGGUUGUCGAGGAUAUCAGCAAGACCAGUGGCCCAGCAUCCCAUAGGGCCCAAGCUGCUGAGAAUAAUGUGUUGUCAUCUAUCAUAUCUGAACUCAAGGGUGUCCCAUUUCCGACGUCAACAAAAUGUCUAACAAGGCUGGGAGCUACCGAACUUUGGAUUGCCAAUGAGGAGCAGCAAAUAUUGAUGCGCCCCUUGCUAGAUCGCUUUAUCCAUCAUCAGUGUUUAGAAAAGCCUUUCUUGGCACUGCUGCUCUCCACUCAGGUUAUUCAUGUGCCUCUGAAAUUGAGGAGUUUUUCUCCUCACUUAUUAUCAGGCCAUUUGAAGCACAUAUUUGAUGAGCGUUGGGUACGUGCAGUUGAGAGGAAGCCACAAUGGGUUCCUUGGGACAGUGGUUCUGAUUCAUCAACCACUGGGCCAACUCCCAAAUGGAUUAGAAGCUUCUGGAAAAUAUUUAGCUCCUUGAAUGGUGACCUUUCACUUGUGUCUGAUUGGCCCUUGAUUCCUGCUUUUCUCAACAGGCCAAUUCUCUGCUGUGUGAAAGAACGCCAUCUAAUAUUUGUACCUCCAGUGGAUGAUUCAAACACUCAGAUGGUACAUGUUAGUGCGGUUGUUGAUGAUGUAGCUAGUGAGGUUGAUACAUCUGGUCUAAACGGAGAUGACACUGGUGAAGCUGAACAGAAGAGUCCACUUGAUACUGCAUUCGAGUCAAUGAACUCAAAGUUUCCGUGGUUAUCUGCUCUGCUUAAUCAGUUGAACAUACCAAUUCUUGAUUUGUCUUUCCCAGAGUGUGGUGUCAUAUGCAAUUUGUUUCCUUCACGUGAUCGAACUCUUGGGCAGACGAUUGCUUCUAAGUUAGUUUCAAUAAAAAAUGAUGCUCAUUUACCUUCAUCACUUAGUCUAUCAAGUGAAGAUUGUGAUAGACUGUUCAUGCUAUUUGUCUCAGACUUCAGAUUAUCUAGCAGCCACCUUUAUCAGAGAGAAGAAUUGGAUGCCUUGAGAGAGCUUCCGAUGUAUAAAACAGUUACAGGAGCAUACACUAGUCUGUCAGGGUCUGAUCAUUGCAUUAUUUCCCCCACAGCAUUCUUUCACCCCAGUGAUUCCCGGUGUUUUUCUAGCUCAGAUAAUGCAAAUUUGUUUCUUCAGGCUUUGGGGGUUGAACAAUUAAAUGAUCAAGAAAUACUAGUGAGGUUUGCUUUGCCUGGCUUUGGGAACAAAACAGUUCAAGAGCAGGAAGACAUUUUAGCUUACUUGUAUGCUAACUGGAAAGAUCUGCAACUUAAUUCAGCUGUAGUAAAUACCUUGAGGGAGACUAAUUUUGUGACAAAUGCAAAUGAGUUUUGUACAGAGCUGUUCAAACCAAAGGAACUGCUUGACCCUUCAGAUGCUUUGCUGGCUUCAGUAUUUUCUGGGGAGAGAAAUAAGUUCCCUGGCGAAAGGUUCAUGUCAGAUGGUUGGCUUGGUAUACUCAGAAAAGUGGGUCUUCGGAUAUCUACAGAGGCUGAUAUGAUAGUACAGUGUGCUACGAAAAUAGAAACAAUGGGAAAUGAUGUGAUGUCAUCUUUAGAGAAACAUGAUGACUUUGAUGCAGACUUGCCAGACAGAAAAAAUGAAAUUCCUUUUGAGUUAUGGUCAUUGGCAGAAUCUGUUGUAAAUGUGAUUUUGGCAAAUUUUGCUACUUUGUACGAUAGCAGUUUUUGCCAAAAGAUUGGAAAAAUUGUAUUUGUACCUGCAGAAAAAGGCUUUCCAAGUAUUGGUGGCAAGAAAGGGGGCAGAAGGGUAUUUGCAUCUUAUAGUGAAGCUAUCUUAUUAAAGGACUGGCCAUUGGCAUGGAGUUCUGCUCCAAUUCUUGCCAAACAAUCAAUUAUUCCACCUGAUUUUUCUUGGGGAGCAUUUCAGCUUCGGAGUCCCCCUGCCUUCUCUACAGUUCUAAAGCACUUGCAGACUGUUGGGAGAGGCAAUGGUGAGGACACACUGGCACACUGGCCAUCUUCAUCAGGGAUAAUGACAGUAGAGGAUGCCUUUCUCAGGAUCUUGCAGUACUUGGAGAAAGUAUGGGGAACAAUAUCGUCUUCAGGAAAAACAGAAUUGAUGGAACUGGCAUUUAUACCAGUUGCAAAUGGUACUCGCUUAAUAGAAGCGAAAUCACUUUUUGCUCGUCUGACUAUCAACAUGUCACCUUUUGCUUUUGAACUUCCAAGUCUGUAUCUUCCAUCUGUUGCCAUUCUUAGAGAAAUUGGGAUGCAGGAAAGCCUUACAAACUCUUAUGCAAAGGAGCUUCUUUUAGAUAUCCAAAAAGCAUGUGGUUACCAGCGCCUGAACCCAAACGAACUCCGUGCAGUGAUGGAAAUCUUGGACUACAUGUGUUCAGGAGUCAACCAGCCUAUCUCAGACGGAUCAGAAGGGCUUUUUGAUUCUGUAAUACCAGAUGAUGGCUGCAGGCUUGUCUCAGCUACAUCAUGUGUGUAUAUUGACCCAUAUGGUUCUCAUUUGCUGAGUAAUAUAAAUACAUCCAGGAUAAGAUUUGCUCACCCAGAUCUUCCUCAGAACAUUUGCAAGGCCUUGGGCAUAAAAAGACUCUCCGAUGUCAUUGUAGAGGAACUUGAUGGGAAAGAAGAGCUUGAGGUUCUGGACAACAUUUGCUCAGUUACUCUGGAUAGAAUAAAAGAGAAACUGCUCAGUAAAUCUUUGCAUGCUGCAUUAAGGGUUGUGAUGAUCGGUAUAACCAAUCAUUUCCCUUCUUUUGAAGCCCUCAGUAUAGUGCAAAUAGAAAGUAUACUGAAGGAUAUAUCACAGAAUCUGCAGUUUGUUGAACAUGUCCAUACUCGCUUCCUGUUGCUUCCCAAUCUCCAAGAUGUUACGAGAACAGCUCAGCAUCCUUCUCUUCCUGAGUGGUCAAGCAGCGGAAAGCACCGAAGCAUUUAUUUUGCUGAUAAAUCCAUGGGUCAUAUUCUAAUUGCAGUGCCCCCGAGUUUUUUGACAGUACAUGAUGUUAUUGCAAUUGUCGUCAGUCACAGAUUAGGGGCACCAGUAAUCUUGCCAAUUGCUUCGGUAUUUGCAUGCCCGGAUGGUUCAGAGAAAGAAGUGCUUCAAAUACUCCAUCUUGGCACUGACGUUGGAGUUUCGAAACGCGAAGGAAGGUACGACUGUUCCCUGGGAGCAGAGUUAUUGUCACAAGAUGCUCGCCAGGUCCAAUUCCUUCCCUUGAGACCAUUCUACAGCGGAGAGAUUGUGGCAUGGAAGACAGGAAAAGAGGGGGAAAAGCUCAGGUAUGGUAGGGUUCCUGAAGACGUAAGGCCAUCAGCUGGCCAAGCACUUUACAGGUUUCCCGUGGAGACAGCCCCCGGCGAGACUCGCAUGCUACUCUCCAGUCAGGUUUACUCGUUUAAGAGUGUUUCAACGGCUGACCUCUCUUCUGCACCUUCCCAACCGGAUGUUGGUAGAGUGGCAGACGUUGGACAACCGGGCCACUCGUCCGUCAGCUCUAGAACUGAAGGCUGCUGGGCUUGA